AUGGCAGUCGUGUUAGAUUCGUCUUGUAACGCAAGACUUCACACGGCUAAGUCCCAUACAAGUAUUUAUGAUAUUUAUGCACCUAAUCGAAACGAUGGUCAUCAUUCAAAGCAUAGAAAAACAUGUCCUAUUCAUGAAAUUUCUGGCGACCCCCAUAGAAAGUAUUCCCAGGUAAGAGGAUCUAUCAGACUUUAUCAAACACCGUAUGUCACAAGUGAAAAGUAUCAUGCACUAAACAAAAGAUCCAGUGACAAAUCAGUUGUUCGUUCCACCAGCACACUAUUCUAUGAUCUAGAUAAUUUAGCAAAGAGGCACUCAUAUCACUGUGUUGCCGACUUGGGAGUAUCCACUAAUAACAUUUUAUUAGAUAAUACAAAGAAAAGUUACAAAAAUACUGGUUUUGAUGCAAAGUCGAAAGCUAUUGUCCAAGAAUGUACCACAGAAGUCCAGGUAAAAAUCACACCAAAAGACAGUGUAGCCAUUAAUAGAAGAAUAAAAAAGCCUACAAAAAGCAACUCGCUUAUUUCUUCGGAUGUGUUUUUAAAUAACACCGAUUACUCAACCCCGAACAUUCCACGUUUUAAUGAACGGGAUCAAAAAUUUUGGUCAUAUUCUAAAUACAAAACUGAAUAUACUAAACCAAUGUCAGAAGAAAGAAGAAGAAAACUAAAAAACAACGAUAAAAGUGGUGAUGAUCCUUGUCCUUGUCAAUUAUUUUCAUACGCUUGUCCAUGCACAGAUAAAAAGUCUUUAACGGAUUUAGCUAAAAAUAGUAAAACAGUGACAGCAGCUAAUCAAGUUACAUGUUUAAAAAAUACAGCAUCUUAUUAUAAAAGAAAUACCACAAAAGAUAAUACCAAGAAUCUUGUGGAUAAAGUCACUAGUCCCACAACAAGUGAGAUGCUUCCAGAAUACAAUGUAGCGCGAGUCUCCAAUCAAAUUUCACCCCAAUCUAUUUACCAUAAAAACAUGUCCAAGCAUACAUGUCAUGAAAUGAGGUGCAAUCAUAGUCCCAAGCAAAAAUGUUAUAAGAAAUCGAGACAAAUUUUAUGUCCGAAAUGCAAAGAAAGAAUAGAAAUACCAAAUAUAACGGAAGAAGACGAUCACAUGAAUUUCCCUCAUAUACAGGAAAAUACCUCUCCUGGUCAACAGUCAUACGUAAGUAGUUUUAGCCAAAGGAGCAAGGUUGAUGGAGACGUAUGUAGUCAUGACCCCCCUUGUGAACUGGUGCCGGUCUGCCAAAUACUGCCAUCUGAACAAACUUUUGCAAAUAGUACCAAAUGUUUUAACAUGGAAUCCAAAACUAAAAAUAAUAGAACAAUCAAAAUCACAAAAGCUUGUAGACAUCACCCUCCGUGCACGGUGGUACCUUCCUGCCAAAGAAUGAGAGUACUAAGUAACAACUGUGAGUACAUCCCACCAUGUCUUCAUCGGCCUCGUUGUGUAAAUUUACCUCUCUGCAUCCCUUUUUCCAAGACAAUCGACUACGAUGAGCUGAUACAUAAGCCGCUUAACGAAGAAGAUAGUCUUAAGUGCCAUCACAUGUACUCAACUCCUGCGUACGUACCAGUCUAUCAGCACGAACCAGAGAGUAAUAAUAUCCAGCAACACUUCCGUGCAACUCACAACCCCUGUGAAUAUGCCAACGAAUAUGAACCUACUUUUUUUUUGACACCAAAGCUAACUCGUACUUCUCCAACAUUUUCACCUUAUCGAAAUCAAUCGCCAACCAAUAAGCAAACCCCGAUGUCAUGCACGUGUCCGAAAACCAAUAAAUCGUGUCAAUAUGAAUGCGCUGAAUGUAAGUGUGACAACCCUAAGACAGCAAAGAAAAGUGAGAGCGAAGAUGUUAUCGUGUAUAUUAGAGAUGUUGGUUGUCAAUUUCGUAAUAAACAUAGUCCUUGCAGUAAUUUGUUACAAUCAAAUACAUCAAACGUUUCAUUUGAAGAAGAUACAGGGCAAAUGGGCAACUAUUUCUCUAAUUAUCAUACCCUUCGAUAUGAGGAUAAGUACACAAACCCUGUCUCUGGAGGUGAACGGACCUCAAUUUCCACCAGCUCUCUUGAAAUCGACAGCCACUGUCCGUCUCACGGUACGGAUAAAAAACCACAUUCCGAAAUCAAUACAGGUUUUAGGCCAAGAAUAUCUCCCAUUGUAGCAAAUUGCUAUUUGAAUGACCCUAUUUUGGAGUACUGUAUAACUACAAAUAAAGACUCAAAUAAGAAAAGAAGAAAAUCGCAAAGCAUUUUGUACACUGCCAGCUCACGAAAAAGUUUUAUAAAGAGUAAACAUAAGAUAUCCUCUGUGAAGCGACGAAGAAAAUCUCGACUGAGCUAUCAAAGUAUUCUAAACUCCGACUGA